AUGGCAAUCUUCAUCUUGCGGGACUCCUCACCACGCAACAACAGAAAAGAAUAUCAACGGUCUCACUCAAAGUGGAGGGAAAGGGAGCAACUUUCCCCUUUUCAACCGGCUCAUAUGGAUCUAUACUUCUCUGUCGUGGAGAAACGGCUUGCCACUUCUAUCGCAUUCGUCUGGGUCUUCUAUCGUUUCGGCAGGGCGGUGGUCAAACUUCUCCGCAAAUAUCUCAAUCGGUCAGCCGCGCGACGACGUCAGGUCCACCGCAGCUCUCGAGUAGCCCAAGAUUCACAGACUACGGAAACAAGUAAUGCGACCGCAGGCCAAACCUGA